AUGAUAUUCACCGACUUGUGUAAUUUAACUGAAAAGCAAAAACCUGUCUUUUUGAAAAAGUUCAAUCAUCUGCCUGAAACGUUUGGACUCGAGCUUUUAGAGAGCAUACUGACAAACCACAGUGAUAUUUUCUUAAAGCAUGUCGAAUUUGCAUACAUUUUACGGACCAGAGUGGUUCCACUGUUAUUGCGGGCAUUUUCUGAGAAACGUGAGUUCUCUGUUACUGUUCGUGUUACGCGAAUUUUAUAUCUGUUGCUGAGACGCCAGCUACCAAUCUUAAAAGUAGAAGGUGAGGUCAUUUUAUCUUUACUGACUCACAUGGUGGAUGAAGAUGCUGCUCCAUAUUGGAAGCGUCUGCUUUGUAUGGAAGUUUUCCAGGGAGUCUGUUCAGAGUUUUCUUUAGUGCAAGAGAUAUACCAGGAAUACGAUGCCCAAGAGGGUACUAGACGAGCUAUUAUAAAGUGUUUGAUUGCUGCAUUUGGUAAAAUCAGUCUCGAGAGGAAAGAUGUUAUUGGCUAUGGUCCUGUAUCUAUGCCAUUUCGUUUACCAGAUAAUGCUGCCACUGCUUCUACCAGUGGUCUUCAUGACGAAAAUGACCCUGUCGACUAUUCUGAUGUAGUCGGAAUAUCGCUCAAGACAUCGGUUGCUAGAGUUCCAUGCAUCGACUUGCUUGACAAAAGCGAGCCACCAAUUGUUCCAGAUACCUAUCUUUAUUACUUGGUUCUGGUCUGUAUCAAUUCGCUUUGUGAAGGUUUAACCCGAAAGGUGUUCACACAGUCGCCUUCAUCAUCAUCAAGUAAUGCCGAUAUGCCUGUCAAAUUUAUUAAAGAAUGCUGGCAUGAGCUUUUGAGCUGUUACAACACCUUUUUCCAUGCCACCAUUGAUAUUGAUUUAUAUCAUUCUUUGGUUCGCUCAGUUCAGAAAUUGACUCACUCUGCAGGAUUCCUCGAUAUUUCUGAGCCAAUGGAUGCGUUCAUGUCUUUGAUUGGUUCAUUCUCUGUUUUGGUGCUUGAAGACGUGGACGGUGGCAGAAAGUCGGCUAGUGGCCCUAGCUCGAGUUCUAGUCCCAGUGUUGCUGCGACUGCGACGAGCAUGGCCAGGAAUCUCUUGAGCGUCGAAUCAAUUGUGGGUACUUUAGGAUCUAUUCGUGAACACCAGCGAUCAACAAGUAACGCUGGCUUACCACAAAAUACAAGCGCUUCGCCUGCUCCUACACAUCCUCCUACCAACCCGGGAGGACAAAACACAGCUGGCAGAUCACCGGGCUCGCCAACUUCACGAAAUAUUUUAUGUUUUAGAGCGUUGCUGAACCUAGCACAUUCUCUCGGUCCUAAGCUUUCUACUAGCUGGGAUAUUGUGUUCCGUACUAUUCAACUUGCCGACUCGUUAGCAAAUGGCUCUGGAAAGAAACGUGCUCGCCAAGUUCAGGGAUCCCAGGUGUUUUCACAGCUUAGUGAGUUCAGUGCUGUGGACACGUCUUUUAGACGACUCUUGGAUUCAAGCAAGGAAUUUUCUGAAUCUGCCCUUUUGGAUAUGAUUGCCUCGAUUUGUCGUAUCUCCGAAGCUACGCUUGGUAUCGCAAAACCAGGCCUUAGCGGUGAUUUAUUUUUCGCGCUUGAUUUGUUGCGAGAGAUUGGUAAUACAAAUAUGAACCGUCUUGUAUCGUCAUCAGACAAAACAUGGCCAAAACUUACUGAUCAUCUAUUAAAAGUGAUUGACACGAGGUCGGUUGAAGUUCUAGCUCGUUCUCAUUCUGCAGAUGUAUUGAAUGACCUCAUAACCAAGGCAUCGACAGCAGCUGUUACAAGCUCAACUGUGAACAGUGACGCUCAAAGAAAAGUCAUCAGUACCUUGAAAUCUGAAAUUGACCGAGUAGUCAAGGUGCAAAUUCCUAGUGAAGAUUCAUCCAUUGCAAGCACCGAAUCUGAUAUUCAUGUGUCUGCUAUUGACACUUUGAAUAAAGUGCUUGACCUUUGUGGUGGUAAGUUUAUAGACGGCUGGGAUUUGGUGUUUGAAAUCAUAGACACAGUUUUCACUCCAUUAUCUUCGACUGGUUCAUCUUCUUCUCUAUCUUCAAUGGCAGUGGGUAGCUCUGGCACAAAAGAAAUUGACAGAGCCUCGCGACUGGUGAAAUCAGGGUUCGAGUCCAUGACUUUAAUUUGCAAUGAUUUUUUAAUUGUGCUGCCUGAAAAAUGUUUAAUAAAUUUGGUAAGCACUUUGUCAAAGUUCUCCAAACAAGAGAGUGACUUGAAUAUCUCUUUCACAUCUAUCAGUUUCUUUUGGACUGUUUCUGACCAUUUAAGAAAUGUGCUUCUUGAAAAAGGAGCUGCUCACAAUGAUUUCAAGAGUCCUAUCUCUGAUUCUGAAAAGCUUUCAGAAGUGGCAUCGAAUGGUGAGUUUCCAUUGAAUAUCUUUGCUUUGUGGACGAUGUCGUUGCUACGACUGGCUAUCACUGUUGGAGAUACCAGAGCUCAGGUACGUAACGGGUCCAUCCAAAUAUUGUUUCGUAUUUUAGACUCCAACGGCAGCACCCUCCCUGUAGGAGUGUGGAAAACAGUCCAAACGAUAGUAACACCAGUGGUCAUGAAAGUUCGUCCGCCUGCCACCAACGAUAAAGACGUAAUUGCGUCUUGGACAGAGACUAUUUCACUGAUAUUGAAUGGUUUCAGCAGUCUAUAUUCCUCAUUUAUUGGACAAUUUGUUAAGCAGGAUGAUUUUAGUCUGUUGUGGAAGACAUUGAUCAAUUACUUACAAGCUUUGAUCGAUACAGAUGCCUCUCAUCUUUCUCUUCCUGUUUAUACUGCAUUGAAUUCUGUAUUGGUUAACUUUUCCAAAAACCAGAACAUCUCCAUCCCGGCUGAGUCAAUUGAAGAAGCGUGGGAGUUUUGGACUUCGCAACAUAUCCCAGAAAGUCCGGUAGACACAAAAUUAACCCAGGAAGCCUUGACAGUGUUUGUUCAAAUCCACCAACCACUUCAAGCUCUAUCCAGUCAAAAAGACUGCUCAUAUGAAAAAAUUGCGAAGACUAUCAAAAUACUGGAACAAUGUACAUCUUUUGCUCACAUUCCACACCUCUAUUCGGAUAGAGACCACAUGUCACCGCUACAGACGAAAAGUUUGGAACGUAUUGAGUCUAUUGAUAUCAGCGACGUUAAGGUUGCAAGUUUGAUAUUAGAAAUACUUUCUGGAUUUGUUCUUCUUGCCUUCUCCACUUCCGAGACUAAAUCUCAGGAUCCAUCAUCGAAACGACCAACCUACAUCAGUCUGGCAGCAGAGUCAUUACAACUUCUCAAGACCAAAUUCUCUAUAGUAUUACGCGCAGAUUAUGAUGAAUUAUGCAACAAUCAAACUAUUGAGAAAAUAUUUUCCUCGUUAUUGGUUUUAAUGGAAAAGAAAUUUGACUGUCCUCUAUUGGCCGAAAAGAAAGGCAAUAAACCCAAACAAAUGUGGCAGACAGGAACAGAAAUUUUCCUUUAUAUUUUAGAAGCUUUGCUUGAUUCCAAUUUUGACAUCCAGCUAUCUCAAGAACACAUUACUGCAAUUUGGGACGUGGUGCUCAAAUGUGGAUUGGCAAUUAUUACAAACAAGUCCACGUCCUCUUUACAGUACGAGCCAGAGUACGAGAAAUUCGAUCAUUCUUCUUAUAUCAAGUUCAUCAGUCUUGUUGAACGUGGUUCGACGACUUCCGAUGAUUUCUGGUCUCGACUAUUGCGUGGUAUUUUUGAGUCAUCAGCGAUCUAUUACCGUGGGAAGAUAAAUAAGGAGUAUUAUAGAAUUGGUGAUCCAGAUGUGUCAGUAUUAAGACUUGUUCGUGAUCCCUUUUAUGGGUCCACAGAGCGUCCAAUCCUGAAGUCACGAGUUAACCUCUCUCAUUUAUGCUUGAGAGAACUUUUCCGAUUGUCAUACAAGCCCCCAAAGAACACAGCUCUGGUUGUACAACAGUCAUCUAAAUUCCUGAACUGGAGAGUCGCAAUAACCCUGCAUCAGUAUGUGGCUGAUCAACCGCUACGGGGACGUAUGCCCAUGCCAAAUGUAACUAGAGAUGAGCUGGUUAAGCUUUUGAAUCUUGUUUACGAAUACCACGAUGACAAGAGUCUCAGUCAGCAGUUUGAGCUUGUCUGCAAAUGCAUAUCAGUAUCCAACAAAGAUAAGGAAAUACUAGAUCUGCUGGAAAAAUGCCUCUUGACUAUACAUAGAAAAUAA